AUAUUUCCAAUGUACUAAUUUAUUUGAAAUUUUAUAAUGGCGUAAUGUUUAUAAUCGAAUUUACUUAAAAAUACACGUGCGGUUUCAGUUCUACAGAUCAUAGUGAAAUAAAUAGUUCAUUAACUUUCGGUCUUAUCUUGCUAAAAUAUAAACAAUAAAAAUAUUUCAAAUCAGUUUUAUCUCCGACUUCAACUCGGAGACGUUUCCAAUUUAUUCAGAUGCAUAUUGUUGUAAUCUAUUAUUAAAAUUAGUGCAAAAAUGUCUGGGUAUUUGUCAAUUGCAAGUUAUAUUUGCGUGCUAUUUUUUAACUUGUAUUCUUUGUUGUUUUUUAUCGAACUUGCAAAAGAUAUGGUUAAAAGCGGUAGAGAUAAGAAUUAUAAUCAAGAAAUACAUAAAAUGGGAACGCACAGAUUCGGAUAUUUCACACUUUGGAAUUUUAUUUUUCAAAUGGUGUUUAUGAUUGUAGCGAUUAUCGAUGAAUCGUUGAAACAUCUAAAUGUUUCCAAAAGAAAGCAGCAAUUGUUGCAUAAAAUUAGGGCUGAAAUGUACAACGUUGUUCUAUUUCCUUCAUCAUUAAUGGUAGCCACGAUAUUUUGGUCGCUGUUUUAUAUGGACAGAGAGUUAGUUUUUCCUAAAGUAUUGGACGAAUUUUUCCCUUGGUGGUUGAAUCACAUGCUACACUCUUUCAUCCUUUUACCUGUGAUUAUCGAACUGUUGUUGCCAAAAGAGCAUCAUUUCGUUAAAUUUGAAAAAGCUGUUCCUAUUUUGGUAUUUCUUUUUGGCCUUUAUACAACUAUGUACUUUUCUAUCUACUUCCGUCAUGAAGUUUGGCUGUAUCCGGUGUAUAAAAUCAUGACCUGGCCUCAACGUGGUCUGUUCACAUUGGGUCAAUUUAUUUUGGCUUUAUGUUACCAGAAAAUUGGCAUUGAAUUGCAAAACUGCAAACGAAAAGAUAAAUCGAAGUUGCGAUAGUGAAUCUCACAUUUAAUAUACUGCUUUUUUAUACAUACGUUUAUUUUGUAUAAAUAAUUUGUAACAUAAUUUAAACUGUUCAAACUUUUGUGAAAUGCUAGAUAAAAAUAGAUAAUUUUAUGUUCGACGUUCCACUUUUCAAUUCUGAAUAAAAUUUUUACAUCUAUGGAGAUACCGCGAGUUGAGCUUUCGAUUAUU